AAGGAGGAAUACUUCAGGAAGAGAAUCAGUGAUCAGAGUCUGGCCAAUACAAUCAUCUCACACCUGAAGUCAUCAAGGAGCCUCUACAUCAUGUGCCACAUCCCAGUGUUCUGCUGGAUCUCAGCCGCUGUUCUGGAGAAGAUGUUGAGUCCAGCAGAGAGUGGACAGAUUCCCAAGACUCUCACUCAGAUGUACACACACUUCCUGAUCCUUCAGACCAACAUCAAACAUGAGAAGGACUAUGAGAAGAAGGUGACCGAUGAAGACAUGAUCCUCAAACUGGGGAAAGUGGCUUUUGAGCAGCUUGUGAAAGGAAACCUGAUCUUCUACGAGGAAGACCUGAGAGAGUGUGGCAUAGAUGUGAGAGAAGCAUCAGUGUACUCAGGAUUGUGCACUCAGAUCUUCAGAGAGGAGUUGGGCUUGUAUCAGGGGAAAGUCUUCUGCUUUGUUCAUCUGAGCAUUCAGGAACAUCUAGCAGCUCUAUAUGUGCAUCUCUCCUUUACAAACCACAACAGAAAUGUGUUUGAGCCAAUCACCAAACAGAAUUUACGGUCUAAAUUGAAGGACUUGUUUCAGCAUGUUUCAUUAUCUGAGUUGCAUCAGAGAGCUUUGAAAGAGGGUCUUCAGAGUAAAAAUGGACAUCUGGAUCUUUUCCUGCGGUUCCUUCUGGGUUUGUCAGUAAAGUCUCAUCAGAUUCUCCUCCAACGAAUAAUGAAGCUGAAAAGCAGCAGCUCUGACAGCAAUGAGAAAACAGUUGAGUACAUCAAGAAGAAGAUCAGGACCAUUGACUCUCCAGAAAUCCAUCAAUCUGUUCCACUGUCUGAAUGAACUGGGUGAUCGUUCACUAGUGGAGGAAAUACAACAGUAUCUGACAUCUGGAAGAAUAAAGGAAGCCAAACUCUCUUCAUCUCAGUGGUCAGCUUUAGUUUUUGUGUUGUUGACAUCAGAAGAUGAAUUGAAGGAGUUUCGUCUUGAUAAAUUUGUUAAAGGAAAGAAUAAUCCUGAAAAUAUGGAAGUUCUUCAGAAGUUGCUGCCUGUGAUUAAAGAAUCCAGAUCAGUUCAGUUGAGUGAUUGUGGCGUCACAGAUGAAGGUUGUGCUGCUCUGACUUCAGCUCUGAGAUCAAACCCCUCACACCUGAGACAACUGGAUCUGUCUCGGAAUAAACUAAGAGAUUCAGUGAAGCUGCUUUCUGAUGUACUACAGAAUCCUCACUGUAAACUGAAGAAACUG